AUGACUCCACCAAUACAUACAUCUGUGGUCCUGUCUCAGAUCCAGCUGUGGAAUAUUCUUUGUAGCAUAUUGUUGUAGAAUUAUUCUUCAUCACCAUGAGUGUUAAGCAGAGUUCUGGUUCUUGUCGUGGGAGUUCAGGGUCAAGCAUUAGAGUAUCUUCGGGAAUCCAAAGCUCUGGUGGACACUUUGGUGGUGGCAGAACUUCAGGAAGCUAUGUGGGAAGCAUGAGCACUGGUUUUGGUGGUGGACAUAUGGCUGGAUCUGGUUUUAGCCGUGGAUCUGGCAUUGGCACUGGUUGUGGAUUUGGUGGUUCUGGUUUUAGUGGUGGUUCUGGAUUUGGGGUUGGUUCUGGUUUAGGUGGUAGCUAUGGCUAUGGUGGAGGAGCAGGUUUUGAAGGUUUGGGAUUUGGAGUUGGUCAAGGAGUAAGCUCUGGAUCUUGGGGAGACCAAGGCUUAGUCGGUCCCAGUGAGAAGCUCACUAUGCAGAACUUGAACGAUCGUUUGGCUGUAUAUCUUGAAAAAGUGCGAUCUUUGGAGGAGGCCAAUGCUGAACUUGAGAGAAGAAUACAUCAGUGGUAUGAAAGUCAUGGUCCUAAACCAGACAAAGACUAUAGCCAUUACUAUAAAAAAAUUGAAGAACUACAGAAAAAGAUCCAAGAUACUACUAUCAACAAUUGCCGUGUGGUUCUUGAUAUUGACAAUGCUCGACUGGCAGCUGAUGACUUUAAGCUUAAGUAUGAAAAUGAGCUGUUCAUGCGUCAAUCAGUGGAAUCGGAUAUCAAUGGCAUGAGGAAGCUUUUUGAUGAGAUGAAGCAUUCAAGAAGUGAUCUUGAGGCUGAGUUGGAACAUUUGAAAGCUGAACUGGAGUUUCUGAAGAAGAAUCAUGAGGAGGAAAUGAAGGCUUUGAGGGGACAGGCCCAAGGUACUGUCAAUGUGGAUAUGAAGGCAGCUCCAGGAAUUGACUUGCAUGCAAUGCUUGAUAAAGUUAGACAAGAAUAUGAGUUACUUAGUUCCGAGAAACAUAAGGAAAUUGAAGCUUGGUAUCAAAAUAAGACUGAGGAAAUAAGACAUCAGAUGACCACUGACUCCAAGGAAAUCCAGACAACUUCAACUCAAGUCACAGAGUUAAGGCGUACUUUCCAGGGUCUUGAGAUUGAACUCCAGGCCCAGAUGAGUAUGAAAGGCUCUUUGGAAGGUACUUUGGCAGAGACGGAGGGACGGUACUGCAUGCAACUGGCACAUCUCCAGGAACUCAUUCAGAAAGUGGAGUUAGAGUUAACAAGUCUCCGCUGUGAAAUUGAGAACCAAAGACAAGAGUACAACAAUCUUUUGGAUGUUAAGACUCGUCUAGAGAAAGAGAUCGGCACUUAUCGUUCUCUUCUGGAUAACGAAGGAGCCCAAAUUUCUAAAGGCUCCUCCUCCUCUUCCUCCUCUAAUUAUUCAUCAUCGGGUUCCCAUUUAGACAGACAAGGAGGUUCCCCCCAUGUGAGAAUCCGGACUGAGGAUGCUGAUGGGCGAGUGAUCAGCACACGUGACCAAUACCACCAAUCUGGACACAAAAUGUAAAUGGCUUUCCGCUCCCACGCUAGCAAUACUUCCGAGUUCUAGUUCUAGAAAUGCUCCGUUCUCUAAGUCUAUCAAGAAACCAAUAGAAUGCUUCAGAACCAAAAAAGUGUUUCCUCCAAUAUAAUCUGAUUCAUGAGUCACUUUAAAGGCAUUGUCUAUCAUCCAUGUCCAUACUCCCUUUUAUGAAAUCCUCAAUGGAGGGGUCCUCUGUUCAUGAUCCUCAUCUAUAGACCAAAGUAGAGUAAUUGCAAAGAGCAUCUCUCACUUUGGAGGACCUGUCCUUUUCUGCAUCACACAGAGAAUGUAUUCAUUUGAAUGUGCACUGUGUAAUCCUGCAUUUCUCCUUGGCUGGCACUGCAGAAAAAUACUUUAUCAGGAUUCCCAGAUUACAAAUAAUCGCUCAAGGUGCCCAGCAGGGGAACAUUUGGAAAUAAUCUUGUAGUCAAGAGGCCCUUAUAACCAGCCUUGUCCAAAGUUAAAUUAUCAAACCAAGCAUGUCAUAUAAACACAGAUACACUCAUUUAUCCACAGCUGUCUUCAUAAUGUAAUGCCACAUUGUCUGUUCUUUGGCUGAUUGGUUCGUUGCUAUGUAUACUUCUUUCGGUAGGCAGGAUUCUGUUUGAAGUCUUUAAUAAAGCUUUGCUAUGUGAAUUUCA